UGUGCACAGACGCAGACUGCUAAUCCAUUCACUCUUGUCAUGCAGGUGUUUCAGCGCGCACUCGUGCGCCUGUUGCUUCCAUCCUUAGUGACGGCUUCCCUGGCAGUCCCGCUGCAAUAUCGUGCCUGGUCAGAUGAACAUGACAGGAUUGCCUGUCACCCAUCCCUGAUGCGCACCUCUGGAUUUGCACCGCCCUUCAGACCCCUGGAUUUCGUCGGGAGCAGCAGAUCUGCGUUUUCGACGACACCGCUACCGAAGACGGUAGUGCUCGAUGCAGCGUGGACAAACCUGUCGCCAUCAACAUCAACUCUCCGGUCAACUAUAAGAGAGCAGUCAAUACCGGUGGCGCCUUGUGGGCUCGGCGGCUGUGCACAGACGCAGACUGCUAAUCCAUUCACUCUUGUCAUGCAGGUGUUUCAGCGCGCACUCGUGCGCCUGUUGCUUCCAUCCUUAGUGACGGCUUCCCUGGCAGUCCCGCUGCAAUAUCGUGCCUGGUCAGAUGAACAUGACAGGAUUGCCUGUCACCCAUCCCUGAUGCGCACCUCUGGAUUUGCACCGCCCUUCAGACCCCUGGAUUUCGUCGGGAGCAGCAGAUCUGCGUUUUCGACGACACCGCUACCGAAGACGGUAGUGCUCGAUGCAGCGUGGACAAACCUGUCGCCAUCAACAUCAACUCUCCGGUCAACUAUAAGAGAGCAGUCAAUACCGGUGGCGCCUUGUGGGCUCGGCGGCUGUGCACAGACGCAGACUGCUAAUCCAUUCACUCUUGUCAUGCAGGUUAGUAAAGCUUACAGUCUUUUUUCUAAGAAGUCUAGCAAUCGUUUCCUGCUUCAGCUGCCGAGCCCGCACUGCUGCCUUCUUGUCGCUCUUGAGUGUUCUGAUGUAAUUCGUGCUUUGUUGAUGAUGUCGGGUGAUGUCGAAAGCAACCCGGGCCCGGACUCCGAUGCUUUACUAGCUGAAUUGAAGAACUUGUCUGCUGGACAGUCGCAAUUAAUCAGUCAGGUUCAAGACCUGAAAACUCAUCUAGUGUCGACGGACAAAGCUAUUGCUGAUCUGGGCAGGCGCAUGACUUAUCUAGAGGGGCAUUAUCAAAAUCUUGUCUCCCUACGCUCUGACUUCGAAACCGUGAAAACGUGUACCGCUCAAGUGGCCACCGUGGUACACAGGCUUGAAACGCGUAUUGAUGACGCCGAGAACCAGUCACGACGCAAUAAUCUUAUUUUUUAUGGCCUCCCUGAAUCAACUGGAUCAGAGACGUUUGCCCAGACCGAGCAACUUAUCAUCAAGCACUGCCAGGAUCAUUUGAAUAUUUGUAUCGAGCCGAAAGAAAUUGAGCGCGCACAUCGUCUCGGUCAUCGCACAGAUACUAACCGCCACCGUCCUAUCAUAGCGAAAUUCACCUUCCAUAAAACAAAAGAAUUGGUUCUUUCUAACGGCCGCAAGUUCAAAGGAACCAGCUUCAGCGUUGGAGAGGAUUUCUCUCGUUCCGUACAAAACGCUCGCCGGCAUCUCGUUACUUUCGCUAAAAGCAAAUCAUUACCUUUCUCUCUGCGAUUCAAAACACUGCAUAUGGGCCAUAAGCGCUACGUCUACGACGAGCAAACACAAUCUGUCAAAGAAAUAAUAUAGCAAUUUCCCCGUCGUAAAAAUGUCCGUUGCACUGUUAAGCCCCAAUCUAACAUAUCAUUGUCUGUAAUCUUUACGAACGCACGCAGUUUCCUUCCAAAACGUGACGCUUUUUCCAACCUUGUUUUAUCAUCCAACAGUAAUAUAAUGGUGAUAACCGAAACGUGGCUAACAGAAGAUAUAACAGAUACAGAAGUACUAGCCGACCUACCGGAAUUUCAUGUCUAUCGAAAGGAUCGCAAAGGCAUGCGGGGGGGCGGUGUACUGAUUGCUGUGCACCAGCAGUUAUCGUGCUCCGUAGCCAAAAACAUCACUUCUGAUCUUGAAGUAUUGUGGCUAAUUAUUCACGCUUCCCCCCAUACAAUCAUUCUAGGUGUUUGCUACAGGCCUCCAAAUAAUAU